AUGGCCGCCUGCAUUAUCAGUAAUUGCGUGGUCAACCUUGUUUCAGAGCAGGAAAAACAGCUCGUGUUCAACGAGAUGUUCCUUCUACUCAAGCCAAGGGGGCGUGUUGCUAUCAACGACAUCCUCCUCAAGCGCGAGCUUCCCUCGGAACUCAAAACGAACAUGGCAUUGUAUGUCGGUUGUAUCGCAGGUGCGAGCCUAGUGAAGGACUAUGAAAAAUACGUCGGUAAUGCGGGAUUUCGUGAGGUCAAUGCUGUGGAGGAGAAGCGAGUAACCUUUGCUGCGACAAGUCGAGCUCUUGUCGCAACUGGGGAGACUCGACAGUUGGUCAUGGCCUUGAUUUGCCGGAGGUGGACUGCGGACAAAUUGAUUUCAAUAAAAGGACUGUAUACGCUGUCAAAACAUGAUCCAGAUUCGUUCUGGGAUACCGCUUUGUUCAGCCUUGGAGGAAAGGUUGUCCUGGUCGUUACAGGACUUGAAGGAGACUUCAUCGGGUUUCCGUAUUUACCAACUGCACUGCUGUUUGAGCUCCUCACGUUUCAGAACGAAAACGACCAUCGUAAUUCAUGA